AUGGCGCCCAGCUCGAAAUCGGAGCGGAACAGCGGGGCCGGGAGCGGCGGCGGCGGCCCCGGGGGCGCCGGGGGGAAGCGGGCAACGGGGCGGCGGCGGGAGCACGUCCUCAAGCAGCUGGAGCGGGUCAAGAUCAGUGGGCAGCUCUCUCCUCGCCUCUUCCGGAAGCUGCCACCCAGGGUCUGCGUCUCUCUCAAGAACAUUGUGGACGAAGACUUUCUCUAUGCAGGACACAUCUUCCUGGGCUUUUCCAAGUGCGGCCGUUAUGUUCUCUCCUACACCAGCAGCAGCGGGGAUGACGACUUCUCUUUCUACAUCUACCACCUGUACUGGUGGGAGUUCAACGUCCACAGCAAGCUCAGGCUGGUCCGGCAGGUACGGCUCUUCCAGGAUGAGGAGAUCUACAGUGACCUGUACCUGACCGUGUGCGAGUGGCCCAGUGACGCCUCGAAGGUCAUUGUCUUCGGCUUCAACACUCGCUCAGCCAACGGCAUGCUCAUGAACAUGAUGAUGAUGAGCGACGAGAACCACCGGGACAUCUACAUCAGCACCGUGGCCGUGCCGCCGCCAGGACGCUGUGCUGCCUGCCGGGACGCCAGCCGCGCCCACCCAGGUGACCCGAGCGCGCAGUGCCUGCGGCAUGGCUUCAUGCUGCACACCAAGUACCAGGUGGUCUACCCCUUCCCCACUUUCCAGCCCGCCUUCCAGCUCAAGAAGGACCAGGUGGUGCUGCUCAACACCAGCUACUCCCUGGUAGCCUGCGCCGUCUCGGUCCACUCGGCAGGUGAUAGCAGCUUCUGCCAAAUCCUGUACGACCACACCACCUACCCCCCGGCCCCUCCCAGCCCCCCUGGGCCCCAGAGCCCAGAGAUGCCCCCUGUCCUCCCCACCCUCUGCCCCGAAGCGGCCCCAGCCCGGCCCUCUGGGGCCCCCGAGCACUCGCCUGCCAUCGCCAAAGCCAAGGAGUUUGUGGCUGACAUCUUCCGCAGGGCCAAAGAGGCCAAGGGUGGGGCCUCGGAGGAAGUCCGGCCACCCCCCUGCCCGGGGCCCUCUAGCAGCCGCUGCCGCCUGCCCUCUGAGCCCCCGGCCCCAGGUGGGGAGGCGGUGCCCCGGGACAGCCCCCUUGCAGCAGAGGUGCCCGCCUCCGAGCCUGGAUACGUCAACUACACCAAGCUGUAUUAUGUGUUGGGGUCCGGUGAGGGGACGGAGCCAGAGGAUGAGUUGGAGGAUGACAAGAUCUCCCUGCCCUUCGUGGUGACUGAUCUCCGCGGCCGCAACCUACGGCCCAUGCGGGAGCAGGCUGCCGUCCAGGGUCAGUACCUGACAGUGGAGCAGCUCACACUGGACUUCGAGUAUGUCAUCAACGAGGUCAUCCGCCAUGAUGCCACUUGGGGUCACCAGUUCUGUUCCUUCAGCGACUACGAUAUUGUCAUCCUGGAGGUCUGCCCAGAAACCAACCAGGUCCUCAUUAACAUUGGCCUGCUGCUCCUGGCGUUCCCGUCCCCCACCGAGGAGGGCCAGCUCCGACCAAAGACCUAUCACACCAGCCUCAAGGUGGCGUGGGACCUCAACACGGGCAUCUUUGUGACAGUCAGCGUGGGCGACCUCACUGAGGUCAAAGGGCAGACCAGCGGCAGCGUCUGGAGCUCAUACCGCAAGAGCUGCGUGGACAUGGUCAUGAAGUGGCUGGUGCCCGAGAGCAGCGGCCGUUAUGUCAACAGGAUGACCAACGAGGCGCUGCACAAAGGGUGCUCACUGAAGGUUCUGGCAGACAGUGAGCGAUACACGUGGAUUGUGCUGUGAGGGCCCGGCCGCCCUGGACACUGACUCCAACUACCUCCGCGGCCUGGGAGCUGGCCGCCUUCCCGGCAGCCUCUGCCGACCGACCGAUGACCGGCACUAGUGUUAGGCUGCGGGAAGGGGGCUGGGCGGGGCAGCCCCUGGUGGCCUGAGAGUCUGGACGCUUCUUAUUUAUGCCUAUUUAAGUUGGAAAGGGGCAGAGGGAGGGAGCCCCCUGCCCCACCAGCCUUGAGCGCCCGCCUUCACCCUAAGCUGGGCGUGGGCCUCGUUCCUCACGAGUUUGCCCCUUUUCUCGGCUACAGGUGUGGACGUUGCCCCCCUACCCACACCCCAGGGAGGCCAGAUGGAUCCCAUACCCCUGCCCUGCCCACCCCCAGCCUCUCCCCCGCCCUGAGGUGGUGAACCUCGUGGCCAUCACACCUCCCCUUCCCGGCCCUGUUGUUCCUCUUCACAUAAUAAAUGUUUUAUUUCUGAA